AUGAAGUUCCAGAUUAUUCUCCUUUUGGCUGCUGUUGCCAGCGCCGCCCCUCUUGCCAGCGGCAAAGUCGCUGACGCCGACGAGGCCGUCGUCUACCCAGCAAAGGUUGACCAGUCCUGGGUUGAUGCCGACGUGGCAGCUCGAUCUGUACAAGACGCAGACGAAGCCGUUGUCUACCCUGCCAAAGUCGAUCAGUCCUGGGUUGAUGCAGACAAUGCUUAA